AUCAUUAAGCAAAACUAGGAUGAACUUGUCUGAAACCUAAAAACAAACAAAAAAACCCAAUCGUUUUCCUUUGUUUUUAUUUUCAUGUGCGUCCGUUAUUCCUUUAUAUAUAACAGGGUUUUUCACCAUAUCAAAACAAAAGUGGAUUAAAAUUGAAGACUGGUUUACCAUUCUUACAAGAUGCUGUUGGUUUCCCAGCGGGGAGAUGCACCUCGUAUGGAGCCACUACAAGGGUCAAUCAAGAGAAAGCUGGUGGAUGGUAGCUCGUCUGCAGUUAAUGGCAUCUCAGAUGGUAUGAUCCCAGGGAACAGCAAGAGACUCUGCCUUGAAGAUGUUACAUUGGCGAUGGGCCAAGGGUCCAACAACAGCAUGUCAAGGCCUGACCUGCAGAACUCUCCUUUUGCACCAAGUGCACCAGUAGCCAGCCAUUUAGGACAAAUGAAUGGCAAUGGCAUGGGCUCUCCUUUCUCCUCGGAGAUCAAGCAGAGCCCGGGGGGAAGACACAACCGCAUGCUUCCCUACGACUCCAAUGGCCCCCAGUCGGUUGAGCAAGAACUGCAGGAGCUCCUAGAUGAACUGACCAAAAACCCAGACCCCUCUCUCAACGAGCUGGACCCUUCUCUCAACGAGAUUUUGGAUGAGCCGGUUAGCGUAGGUUUUAUGCACCCAGAUGCAAACAGCACCCCCAAACAUUCCCCUCAGAACACCGCACACUUGGAGAACCACCUGACCAGCAAGGAGUUUUCCCCAGGUUUUAGUCAGGCCUCUGUGGGCUCGCCCCAAGUUGGUCCCCCUUCAGCUGGCACACCAUACACCCUGCCACAUUCCUCCAAACCUGUGCCAUCAGUCUUGUCUGGAAGCGGGCAGAAUCAAAGCCAGAGUCAAGCCCGCUCGCCCAUGCUGUCUGCUGCCUUGUCAAGUUGGCACGAGGUAUCGCAUGCCCAGCAAUUGAAACAGAUGGCUGCCAGCAAGCAUGGCUCCACGAACCAGCAACAGCAACAACAACAACAAGCAGCUCAGGUAUCCAACUGGCCGCCUAUGCAGUCUUCGGGACCUUCUCCACCUUACAGGACAGAGAAACUGCCCAGUUCCUCCCCACACCAGCAGCCAUUCAGCCCGCAAAACAAUCUGGCCAGCAAUAUUCAGAGCCCUCAGAAUUCCUUGAUCUCCAACAUGACUUCCAGUAACCCCCCCUCCACUGGGCCCUCGCCUCCUUACAGACCUGAGAAGCUUGCUAGCCCAGCUCUGGGCCAGCCCCCGUUCAGCCCGCAGAACCCUAUGUUGCCCAACAUGGCGGCCACAAGCCUUCCCAGCAACAGCAUCCAGAGCCCUCAAGCCAGCAUGCUCCCGAACCUGUCUUCCUCAAGCACGAGGCCAUCACCGCCUUACAGGCCUGACAAGCUUUCCAGCCCCACCAUUCAGCAACAUACCUUCAGCCCUCAAAACCCCAUGGUGACCAACGCCAGUAACCCAGCCAGUAACAUGCAGCUUUACAAGGCCAUGACUUCCACUCAAUCAAACAAUCUGAACAUGAUGAUGUCUCAGCCUCAGUCAGCUCAGCAACAGCAGCAACAAGCGCCACACACCAGCGCUCUCCAACCUGGCAUGAUGAAUAAAAACACCAUGAACCAAGACCAUUACUCCUUUAACAACACCAAGCCGUUAAGCCAUUUCGACCCUGAUUCUCCCGGGAAGAUGGCGCCCAUGCCUGGAGGACCUGGUCAGCCUCCCUUGGCUCACUAUUUGCAGCAGCAGCCACAGCCACCCCCCCAGGCCAGUCAUUCCCAACUCCUGCAGCAGCAGCUACAGCAGCGCAUGCAGAGGAACAACAUGCAGCCUGGAGGACUCUUACCACCACACAGCAGACAGGAGCAGAGUCCAGGCAUGGUGCCCCGUCUCCAGGACCCCUCUUCAAUCCCCAGCGCCGGGAUCAGAGCAGGGAUGGGGAACGGAUACAUGAAACAUGCUGCGCUUAAACAGCAGCUCAUAAGAAAGCAGCAACAGCACCUCCUGCAGGAGAAGCAGCGGCAGCUGGACCAGUUGAAUGGCAAUCGGAUGGAGUAUAAGGAGCAGGGCUUCCGAGGCCAGCAGCUCACACAGUUUCCAGGAGUAGCCAGGCCUCUGCCCCAAGACUGCGGGCACCCCAUGCCCAACCCCUCAGCCAACCCAGCCAUGAUCCCCCCCAACCCUGCCAUGCUUCCCAACCGGCUAGGCAUUCCUCCCGGCGCCAUGCCCCAAAGCAGCCGGACGAUGGGCGUGUUCCCCAGCAAUGCGGGAAGCCAGCCUGGCCUGUACCACCCUGCCCACUCCGACUUCAACAUGCCCCACCGCAGCCAGGGCAUGCUGGGAAUGGGCAUCUCUACCCAGCCUGCAGUGCGCUCUGGGAUGCCAUCCUCCAGCUUCAACCAGCUGGCCAACACUCCGGCUCUCCAGCAACACUUGAGACAUUCACUGAGCCAGCAAGCCAGCGGCAUGCCACGGAUACCCAAUGUCUCUGGGAUACGACCUCAAAUGUGGGCGGCUCAACAAGGAGUUCCCAGGAUGCCCGGCACUGGCCAAAUGGACCCAAGCUUGCAGCAAUUCCCAGGCAGCCCAAUGUUCUCCAAGGCACCCAUGAGGCCGGGUCUACCUUCUCAGUUUGUGCAAACUGGGGCACCACCCAACCAGAUGGCACCAGGUUUGAUCAGGCACAUGCAAAAACUGAACCCUGCUCAGGGUAACCCCCUGGCCAACCAACCUAUAAGGAACAGAGGACCAUUGUCGGCUAUGGCUGGGAUGAAGCCAAUUCCACCAAGCAUGGCCAGCCUGAGUCAAGUCCAUCACCCACCCCAAGGACUAGCACCCCCUAGCUACCCUUCCUCGGGGAAGCCCACAGCAGCCUACAGUGGGGUGAGCCCCAAGCUGCCUCCCUACGAGUUUGUUCAGCAGCAGAACAGCGGGCCCUUACAAACCACAGGUGGGGAGGUGGACUUCAUUGACUCUUUCAUGGGUGAAGAGUGGAUGCAUCAUUUGAACGUGAUUGACGAGUACCUAGGACAGCACUCGUAAAAACAAUGCAGCUGUGGUCAGGGUGGGGUACUUUGAGAUUUUUAGAACCACAUGAAUGAGACGUUGCAUUUGAAGGUCAGCAUUCAAAAGCCUGCAGCAGGGUCAUAUCAUGGAUGUUUCACUUGUUUGAGCUUAUCUUCUCCAGCGUUAUUGAAUCCUGAUGGUUGUACACUAAGAGGUGUAUGAACAGGAAAACAGUGUCUGGGUUGACUUCCAGGUGGCUGCAUUUCAAUCAGUCCCGGGCAAAUCCAGACUUCUGUAGCCACUUCAGUCCAGGGAUAGUCUUAAAAUAUUUAUUAUUGCCACUAAACAUGUAUUUAACAUGUUAAACCUGGACUGAGAUAUUAGGCUGGAGUCGUCCUCCUUCUGAUUUUUAAAGGAGUAAUAAUCAAGGCUUUAAAAAAUAAAAAAAUGUUCAUACCUCCUGUUAGUAUAACAUAAUUCACCCUCGUUCAUUAAAUGCUGUUGAUCUUCUGUAAUUUCUUUUCAAAUUUAACCUGCUGGAGCUCAUUUGACUUGCAACAACAUUAUAACUACAGGUACUUGAGUUUCGUUAUCUCACCCCAUUCAUCUUCUUGUGUUACAGCUAAUAUGUCCCCACUCCCUGCCCCUUAAUUGGAAAGCUGAGGUGGGGUGUUAUGUGAAACACAAGAUGUGACUGUGGUGUUAUGGCAGGAGAAAUCUGCUUCUAUCUGAAAGUAAAGUAUAAAAAAAAAAUGACAAAACAGUAAAAUGGUAUUUGGGAGGUUGCUAUGUCAGUAAGAGGUAAGAAAUG